AGGAGAAGGUGGACAGAGAGGUGAUCGUGAUGUCGUCGGACACGACUUCGGAGACAGGAGAACCCUUGUUGAAGGCGAGCGGUAGCUGCGAUCAUGGAGGAGGAAGUUGGUGGGGGAAUGUUUUGGAUGUUGAAGAGGCGAAGAGUCAAGUUCUGUUUUCACUGCCCAUGAUCCUUACUAAUGUUUUCUACUAUUCCAUCACGUUGGUUUCCGUCAUGUUUGCCGGCCAGUCGGCCACCUAGGGGAGCUUGAGCUUGCCGGCGCCACUCUUGCCAAUUAUUGGGCUACCACUACCGGCUUUGCCUUCAUGGUAAUUAUCAACUAUGCUCGCCGAUCCUAACUCUGUAGUUCAAUCUUCGUUAAAUACAGUUUUAAACCCAUU